CGGGGGCGGGACGCGCCGAGGAGUGGGGCGCGAGCCGCCGGUUUUGAUUAGUGCGCGGAGCUGCGGCGGCGGAGCUGCUCGGCCGGGAGCCUGGCGGCGAGACGGAGAGAGGCGGCGGAGGUGCCGGCGCGCAGGGUCUGGCUGGCGGCCGCGAGGGUCGGGAGAGGCGAACCGGAGCGCGGGGCCGCGGUCGCCUCGACCAGAGCCGGGAGACCGCAGCACCCUCAGCCGCCCGCGAGCGCGCCGAAGACAGCGCGCGGGCGAGAGCGCGCGGGCGGGGGCGCGCAGGCCCUGCCCGCCCCUUCCGUCCCCACCCCCCUCCGCCCCUUCCUCUCCCCACCUUCCUCUCGCCUCCCGCGCCCCCGCACUGGGCGCCCACCCUGUCCUCGUGCGGGAGCGUUGUCCGUGUUGGCGGCCGCAGCGGGCCGGGCCGGGCCGGCGGGCCGGGGGAUGGCGCUGCUGGACCUGGCCCUGGAGGGAAUGGCCGUCUUCGGGUUCAUCCUCUUCUUGGUGCUGUGGCUGAUGCAUUUCAUGGCUAUCAUCUACACCCGAUUACACCUCAACAAGAAGGCAACUGACAAACAGCCUUAUAGCAAGCUCCCAGGUGUGUCUCUUCUGAAACCACUGAAAGGGGUAGAUCCUAACUUAAUCAACAACCUGGAAACAUUCUUUGAAUUGGAUUAUCCCAAAUAUGAAGUGCUCCUUUGUGUACAAGAUCAUGAUGAUCCAGCCAUUGAUGUAUGUAAGAAGCUUCUUGGAAAAUAUCCAAAUGUUGAUGCUAGAUUGUUUAUAGGUGGCAAAAAGGUUGGCAUUAAUCCUAAAAUUAAUAAUUUAAUGCCAGGAUAUGAAGUUGCAAAGUAUGAUCUUAUAUGGAUUUGUGAUAGUGGAAUAAGAGUAAUUCCAGAUACGCUUACUGACAUGGUGAAUCAAAUGACAGAAAAAGUAGGCUUGGUUCACGGGCUGCCUUACGUAGCAGACAGACAGGGCUUUGCUGCCACCUUAGAGCAGGUAUAUUUUGGAACUUCACAUCCAAGAUACUAUAUCUCUGCCAAUGUAACUGGUUUCAAAUGUGUGACAGGAAUGUCUUGUUUAAUGAGAAAAGAUGUGUUAGAUCAAGCAGGAGGACUUAUAGCUUUUGCUCAGUACAUUGCCGAAGAUUACUUUAUGGCCAAAGCGAUAGCUGACCGAGGUUGGAGGUUUGCAAUGUCCACUCAAGUUGCAAUGCAAAACUCUGGCUCAUAUUCAAUUUCUCAGUUUCAAUCCAGAAUGAUCAGGUGGACCAAACUACGGAUUAACAUGCUUCCUGCUACAAUAAUUUGUGAGCCAAUUUCAGAAUGCUUUGUUGCCAGUUUAAUUAUUGGAUGGGCAGCCCACCAUGUAUUCAGAUGGGAUAUUAUGGUAUUUUUCAUGUGUCAUUGCCUGGCAUGGUUUAUAUUUGACUACAUUCAACUCAGGGGUGUCCAGGGUGGCACACUGUGUUUUUCAAAACUUGAUUAUGCAGUUGCCUGGUUCAUCCGCGAAUCCAUGACAAUAUACAUUUUUUUGUCUGCAUUAUGGGACCCAACUAUAAGCUGGAGAACUGGUCGCUACAGAUUACGCUGUGGGGGUACAGCAGAGGAAAUCCUAGAUGUAUAACUACAGCUUUGUGACUGUAUAUAAAGGAAAAAAGAGAAGUAUUAUAAAUUAUGUUUAUAUAAAUGCUUUUAAAGAUCUACCUUCUGUAGUUUUAUCACAUGUAUGUUUUGGUAUCUGUUCUUUAAUUUAUUUUUGCAUGGCACUUGCAUCUGUGAAAAAAAAAAAAAAACACAUCUGUAGUCUUGGCCAAAUGAUACACUUUAUUUUGUGGAAGUAGAGAAUCAAGAGAAUUGGUUCUAGGAACCUGGGUUUGUUCAUCAUUGUUGUUUAUUUUUUUAAAAUAAAUAAAUAUAUAUAGAGAUGCUCUGCAACAAACACUAUGACAGUAUCCUUCAGUAGAGAAAGUUUCUUAUUUGUGAGUACACUCUUUUAGAACAUUUACGGGUGGCAGCAGCUUUGCUUUAGGGUUUAGAAGAUACUAGAAGGAAUGACUAUUCAUGUCCAAAGUGAAUGGUUCUGUGCAGUGAACAACACAUGGCGAGGUACUAACUGAGAAACUUUUUCAUGCUUUAUGCCUACCUCUUGUAGUUGUUGCAGAGCAAAUAUAAAUUGUAAUAAGAUAGCUAGGCCUUGCAGAAACAAACAGAAAAACUUAAAAAAAAAAAGAGCUGGAGUCUAGUAUUUAUAUGAAUCUGUGAGAGAUAUUUUUUUUGGUCUCACUGCAAUGAACCAAAAGCGACUGAGUUUGGUUUUUAAUUGUAGCCAUGUAUUGAAGGCAUCUUUUUGACCAACUCUUGUUGGUUCUGUCUUGAACCAUUGUUAAUCACUGUGCUGUAAUUAGUAUCGCUAAAUCUUUUCCUUCCUUGCUCCUCCCCCAGGCCACCCCAUCUUCCCUUAACGUUUUUUCAGGGGGGAUUGGGAGUGGUUUUGUUCUAGUGUGAGUGGAUGUUUUGAUAGUUGUAAGGAAAAAAUGCAUUUCAGACACAUUUCACAUGAGCUAUUUUCUUACACAGUAUGUCUUAUUGUUAAUAAGAAUGUAAUUUCAUGAUACAAGUAUUUAAUAUCUUUUUAAAGUCAGUAAAUAUUCUAGCCAUCAAUAAAUAAAUUGCGGUAGAGUAUUAAGAGGGGACAGGAUGAGUUUACUCUUAAAAUUAAUCAGUAUCGAACUAAGUCUACUGUGUGUUUUUUUUUGUUUUUUGUUUUUUGUUACUAUUAUAGUUAGUCUAGUCUUAUUUAAAUUGGAUUUUUGUAUUCCAGUUUAUAUGACAAAAUAGGCUAGAUCAGCGCUGGUUGUAAAUGCAUGCUGUACCUCACUGUUUUCUCCCCAUCAUGCCGCUAAACUUGCUCGCCAGGUUGUGCUUAACUUGUGGUGAACUGGACUUGUUUUUGUUUUGUUUUGUUUUGUUUUGUUUUGUUUU